GAGGUUGACAUCGGGCUGGCGGCCGACGUGGGGACCCUCCAGCGCCUCCCCAAAAUCAUCGGGAGCCAGAGCCUGGUGAGCGAGCUGGCCCUCACUGCCCAUGGGAUGUUGGCACCCGAGGCCCUGAGCUGCGGCCUCCCCAGCCGGGUGCUGCCCGACAAGGCGACGCUGCUGGAGGUGGCCCUGGGGGUGGGCGCUGCCAUCGCCGCCCGCAGCCCGGUGGCCGUGCAGGGCACCAAAAUCAACCUCGUCUACUCGAGGGACCGACCCACCCAUGAGGGGCUGCAGCACAUGGCCACGUGGAACAUGGCCAUGCUGCAGACCGAGGACAUCCUCAAGUCGGUGCAGGCGGCCCUGGAGAAAAAGGGACCCGAGGAGGUCCCGUUCGCCAAGCUCUGAUGUCACCGCCUGUCCCCAACGUCCCCUGGGCCCUGCCUUAAUGUCCCCAACCCUCCCUGGGCUCUGAUGUCACCUGGGCCCUGCCUUAAUGUCACCAACCCUUCCCUGGGCUCUGAUGUCACCUGGGCCCUGCCUCAGUGUCCCCUCAGUGCCACCAACCCUUCCCAGGGCUCUGAUGUCACCUGGGCCCUGCCUUAAUGUCACCUGGGCCCUGCCUUAAUGUCACCAACCCUUCCCUGGGCU